AUGAACAAAAACGAGUCGACGAGUAGAUACGGACCCCUCGUCGGUGCAAUCGACGAAGGGACGAGUAGCGCUAGAUUUUUGGUAUUGAACGCUCGACGUUACAUACUCGCGUUAUUAAAUCAUUCCAGCAUAUUUUCGACGCUCGCGACGUUUGCGCGUCAUUACACGCGUACGUAACGCGUUCGCUGUACAGUAUCGAAAGUACAGUACGACGCGUUUUUAGAAUUUUAGAAACACGCGUCGAGUCGGUACGUCGUAAUUGCACGCGAUCGUACAAUUAUUCGUACGAUCACAUUGAAAAUUCGUACGUUCGCACAUUCGUACGUUCGUUCUUUCGGCCGAAAAUUUUAAUCGAUACUUUCGAAAAAUUUCUUCCAUCUUUUCGUUUCGUUCCUUUCGUUUCGCGACCAGCGACCGUUGGCUAACCGUCGUUCUCGUACCGUUGUUUCAGGUAUUUGCCGCAGAUACAGCCGAAGUGUUGACGUAUCAUCAAGUCUCGAUAUCGCAAUCGUGUCCAAAAGAAGGAUGGGUGGAACAAGAUCCCACAGAAAUAUUAGGAGCAGUGAGAGAAUGUCUGAAUCAGACCGUGUUCAAUCUAAGGCAGCUUACCAUAGAUCCUAGCGAUAUAGUUGCGAUCGGUGUAACGAACCAAAGAGAGACCACGGUCGUAUGGGACUCCGUUACCGGAGAACCGUUACACAAUGCCAUAGGAUGGAUGGAUACGAGGAGCACUUUGAUCGCAGACGACGUAUUGAAAAAAACACGCAAUCGGAAUAAAGAUUACUUAAAGCCACUUUGCGGCUUGCCGAUCAGUCCAUAUUUCAGCGCUCUAAAGUUGAAAUGGUUGCUAGAGAACGUAGCUCGCGUUCGCGAGGCUGUGGAUCAGCAACGUUGCAUGUUCGGCACGAUCGAUUCUUGGUUAAUUUGGAACUUGACCGGAGGAACAAGUUUCGGCGUUCACGCCACCGACGUUACAAACGCUUCGAGAACGAUGCUAAUGAACAUCGCCACUUUAAAAUGGGAUCCGACGUUGUUGUCGUUCUUCGACAUACCCGCAGAGAUUUUACCCGAGAUCCGUAGUUCGUCAGAGAUAUACGGAUAUAUACAGGACGACGUUUUAUCCGGAGUACCAAUAUCAGGGGUGAGUAGCACCACGUUCGUCGAUCGAAACGGCGAUCGUUUCAAAUCGUCGUUGUCGUUGCAGUGUUUAGGCGAUCAACAGUCGGCAUUGGUAGGUCAAAUGUGUCAAGAAAGGGGACAAGCAAAAAGCACUUACGGUACAGGCUGUUUUCUUUUGUACAAUACCGGAACUGCCAUCGUAGAUUCGUCUCACGGCUUGUUGACGACAGUCGCUUACCAAUUAGGACCGCAAACAGCACCGGUAUACGCUCUCGAGGGUUCCGUAGCCGUAGCCGGUGCUGUCAUUCAGUGGUUGAAAGACAAUCUCGGAACACUGUCCGACGUAAAAGAGUCGGAAUCCGUCGUCGAGCAAAUUUCCACCGACGAGAAUCGCGUUACAUUCGUGCCCGCAUUCGCCGGAUUGUACGCUCCAUAUUGGAGGAAAGACGCGAGAAGCGUUAUAUGCGGGAUCACCGAAGACACUAACAGCACACACGUCGCAAAAGCAGCUUUGCAAGCCGUUUGUUUUCAGACGAGAGACAUCUUGGAAGCCAUGAGGCAGGACACGGGUUUAACCUUGUCGAAAUUGUUAGUGGACGGUGCUAUGACCACCAAUAAUCUGUUAAUGCAGAUGCAAGCGGACAUUUGUGGAAUUCCAGUUGUGAGGCCUUUGAUGUGCGAAACUACCGCGCUGGGAGUUGCAAUCGCUGCGGGGAACGCAGACGGUAUACGCAAGUGGGACGUGAAAAUAGACGCUGCCGUACCAAGCGACGUCUUUCUACCUUCGAUAACCGAGAACGGUUGAAGGUUCUUUUACCCGUGGACGACGACACCGCGUUCGCGACAAUAGGCGAUAGCUUCCAACAAUCGUCGAAACCAUCGGCGACUACGAGAUUCGUCGACGAACGUAUCGCGCCUCGCGACAUCCAACAAACUACCGCAUCGAGCGUAUUCCACGACGAUGCAAACGCUAAACGUCAAACG